AUGUCCGGUCACCUCACAAGACGCGCCCCUUUCGAAGAUAUCCUCCUGCCCAAUGUCUACCGGGUAUCUGCUUGCAAUCCAUAUCGCCAGAAGCUGGCUGGAGAAUCAGAUGCAGAUUAUGUCACGAGAAAAGCCGAGGAGCUCGAUCGAGCUUUCAAGGACGCUGGGCCAGGAACUGUUGCAGCUUUCAUUGCCGAACCUCUGGUUGGCGCUGCUAUGGGCUGUGUGCCAAGCCCUCCAGGCUAUUUCCGGGCCAUGCGAGAGGUCUGCGAUAAAAAUGGUGCUCUAUUGAUCCUUGAUGAGGUCAUGUGCGGUAUGGGAAGGACUGGAACCCUCCAUGCCUGGGAGCAGGAAGGCGUUGUCCCUGACAUCCAGACCAUCGGGAAGGGCCUCGCUGGUGGUUAUCAGCCUGCGUCGGCCGUCCUUGUCAGUGAGAAGGUCGUGCAAGAAAUGUGGCGUGCCGGAGCCACUUUCACUCAUGGCCACACGUUUCAAAACCAUGCAUCGGUGUCUGCUGCUGCCCUCAAAGUGCAGGAGCUGAUCCAAAGGGGUCAACUUCUCGCGAACGUCCAGGUCCAAGGCCGCUACCUUGAGAAACUCCUCAAGCAGCGUCUUGGAGCACAUCCGCAUGUGGGUGAUAUCAGGGGCCGGGGUCUAUUCUGGGGGAUAGAGUUUGUUCGAGACCGACUCACCAAGGAACCCUUCGAUCCAAGCAUGGAGAUCGCGCGUAGGGUCCAUGUUGAGGCGAUGAAUGCAAAGAACCCGAUGAUGAUCUAUCAUGGUCAAGGCUGUGCAGGCAAUCGGCGAGGAGACCAUGUCAUGAUCAUGCCUGCUUACAAUGUGACUUCAAAGCUCAUUAUGGUUAUAGUGGAUCGAUUGGUCUCAGCCGUCAACGCGACAUUUGAAGAUACCUGA